AUGAGGGACUGCCCGUCCCCCACGGAGAGCGAGUGCGCGGAGCUGGCCGCCAUCGACGCCGCCCUCCUUCACCAUCAGGGUAAAGGGCCCGCGGGCCCCCCAUCCCGCCGAAAUCUCGACCUACUACACGACUGGAUAUGUGCUGAGCUCGCCCACUUCAAUGCCACCCACGGCAUCAGGGUUUGCGACUCGCAGAUCGACUUCCUUGUGUCUUCGGCGCAGGCGGCUGCCAGUAUUCUGGCUCAGGCAGCCUUCCAAGCUGUGGGACUGUUGGAGGCCUGGUCACCCGCCCUCGCCCACCACCUGGCGGGCCUGUGGUCGACGGCUGCCUCCUGCUACACGGGGGUGCUACUGGAGAUUCAGGCCCACUGCCACGACCAGGCCACCCGGGCCCGAGGCGCGGAGAUGGAGGCCAUCUCCCUGCGCGCCCAGCUGCGCCAGGUACAGGCGAUGCUCGAGGAGCAGAAGGUGGGCACGAUGGGUGUCCUGGGACGGGAUUCCACAGAGGCUUUGGGCAAGGUUACCCCCACUCCAGACGCAGCGCACGCCGAAGCCAGUUUCUGCCCGACGGCCUCCGAGGUGGAGGAGGAAAGGAAGACCUGGCAGCGCCGGCUGGCGGCAUCCCGGCAGGAGACGCUGGACGCCCUCAGGAGGCUGGCAGAGGCGGAGGCCGGUGCCGAGGAGCUGUCGCUCCUGAGGAGCGGGCUGGAGACCGCCGAGGCAGAGAGGGAGGACGCCCAGGAUGCACUGCGCUCCUGCACGCCUCGUCCGCCCCCCCUUUUGUUUCAGAGCCGGGACGAUGCGGAGCAAGAGCGCCUGCUCUGGAGCGCGUUGAAGACCGCCCCUGCCGGCCUCCCCACCGCCGACCUGGCGCGCUGGCUCCUGGGGGGCCUGCCUGCGGCCGGGGACGGCACCUGUGGGAGUCUGCACACGCUGCCCGAUCUGCCGGACUUUGCGGACCUGAGGGCAGUGCUGGAGGCCGGGGCUGGCCCAUCCAUCCUCACUUUCCUGGAGGCGCACCACGAGCUGGCCUGGGGCGGGGACGCCGGCUGGGGCGCCCUGCCCAGCCCGCGAUACCCCCUGGCAGCCGACUUCUUCACCGCGAGCACGGCGGCUGGGGUCUCGCUGCCGCCGGAGCUGUACGGCCUGCUGGAGCACCGGGGGCUCACUGCCGAGGAGGUGGAGGGUGCCAUCCUGUGCAGCACGCAGUCCACGGCCCGGAGGUAUGCGGCGCUGCACCAGGCACAUGUGAAUCUCCACGCUGUGUGCGCUGCCCAGGCUGCCCAACUGGAGGCCCAGCGCCAGGCAGAACUCAAGAGGGACAUUGCGAAGCAGAAGCGGGAGGAGAUGAGCGAGAAGAAGCAUCCCAUCCAGGACUUCGUCGAGGUCCUGGCUGCGCAGCCUGAGGAAGCUUGGGCGACGCACCUGAUUGGCAUGGGGCAGUCCAACGAUGUCCCGCGCCUCUUCCGAGUCACCGGCAAGGUUCGGAACAAGAACAUGUCCAAGCGGGAGACGGAGAAACUUGUCAAGGAGGUGUGGGCCCUUCGAGUGCAGGACCCAGCUGUGCGAGUGGGGAAGGCGCCGGAGCUGGUGGAGUUUCUGUUCACCAUGUUCCAGAAGAGGAUGGGCAUCAUGACUGCGGUCACAGAGCUUGCUUACAGCUUCCUCUACGGCCUGUGGAAGUAUCAGUGGGACGCCGACUGCGAGCUCUUCCUGAAGAUACUCAUGGGUGAGGUGAAGGAGGACGUCUACUUUGCCCAGCUGCAACUCCAGGACAGCCUGAAGGAAUUGCUGGAGUCUCUGGACCGAGCCCAGGGUGCCGCGACGGGUACUUUGAAGAAAGAGGACCUGAGGGUGGCCCUGCAUGCCUACUUCAGGGUGGGGCUGCCAGGGGGCAAGACCCUGCAGCGCUUUGAUGAGCUCAUGCAGGCCCUGGAUGAGGACCAGCCCGGCCCCAGCGUGCAGUGGGCCACCAUCUUCGAGGAGGACCGGGAGUUCAACCAGGGCGAGUUCGCCGAGUCGGUGCGUGACCAGUUCCUCUGCGAGCGCAUAGAGUACUUCAACGCCCUCGAGGAAGCCCUGUACGAGGAGGCAGGGCACGCGGAGGAGUGCUCCGUGGCCCACAUUGCCCGUGCCCUCAUGGCGAUGGACAGCGAGCUCAGCUACCGAGCGGCUUCCCUGCUGGCGGCGGGUGUGUGGGGAGACUCGGCCUCGGAGCUGAUGUCAGUCAAGCUGGCCAUGAAGAGGCUAUAUAAUUUGUCAAUUGAUGUACCAUCCUCAGGAGCACGUCGCGGUGUAGACGAGAAUGUGGCUCGCGCUCUGGAGGCGAUACGGCAGAGCUGGCUCAAGGGGUUGAGCGGCAACACCAACGCAGGCUAG